UCUCCAUUCCAAAACCUAAAAAAAGAGGGAUCAAUCACACGGCAACACUGCAGCGGUGCGAGCCACCAACGACGGACGCCUCCGCCGAUGAAGAUGCUCCUUUAAAGAAGCAGAUAUUAUCACUUGAUGCAAGCUUUGACACAACAUAUUUUCAGUUGAAGGUGCCUGGGUUUCCUUGGUUAGUGGAAGAAUUUUGUGGUGUAGAGUGACAAAUUGCCUUACAUCAGAAACAUAAUUAAGUUCCAUGGAAGAAGAAUAUCAAUACUCUGGAAGUGGUGAAGAAUUACAGGCACGGGAACUGGAUGGAGAAGAUCAAAAGCUGCAGCAUCACUGCCAACUACCUGGAGCUGAAGAGAAACUUGUAUUACAGUUUAUGGAUUCGAUGCAUAACUACCUAUCUCUAUUUGAUGAAGUGUCCUCUGCACUUCGACAGGGAUGGUUUGACCUAGCGAGUGCCCGACAUUCCAUGGGUGCUUCUCGCAUUAAUAGUUCUUUAUUGGACCUGAAAUUCCAUCCAGCUGCUACAACAUUGAAGAUAACCAACUGUGAUGGUACACAGCCACACUUCAUGUUGCGUAAAUGGGUAUCCUCUGAACAUGAGAGUACUCAGUUAGAAGAUGAGCAUGUGCAGCCUCAAGAUGAUAGUGUGAAAUCUUCUGUUAUACGAACUGAGGUGACCAUGUCAAAGAACUUUUCAGGACUUGCAGAUAAUGAUGAAGUUCAAAAGGAGCGAUCCAAGUCCUUGUCAGUUUUUGGAGUUUUGAUUUCCCCAAAACUUCGAGCCUCCCAGCUGUCAUUUGAGAGAGCACUAGAGACACUAAUAGAAAUAGCUAAUAUGCGAUCGUCAUUGUUAUAUUCUUUUCACCAACUUCAAAAGGCGGAAGAUACCAAACAAUGAUAAAGUACCAGCUCCUUCAGGCUGCUGGAAAUGCUUCGCAUGUGGACAAUCUGAUUGUGGUGUUGGGGAUCCGGCAUUCAAAGUUUCUGGUGUUUAAUUUAUAGAUGUAUCAGAAGAUAGUGAACAGUUUCCUAAUUAUGCUCAUUUCAUUAAUAUAUUGGUUAUAAUUAAAUGAACGCUAUAGUGAGAGGGGGACGGGUUUUACCCAACACGCGCAUACAAUUUUGGUCACCAUGGAGGUUCCGGCACAACCCUUCUCUGCCAGACUGCCACAUUUAUGCCCCAAGUCAAUACAAAGGAUUUAGGCUUCAUUGUGCUUG